GGAACUGGGAAAAGCAGCGGAAGUGGCUGGAGACGGGAAAGACCGACCCGGACGCGAAGACGCCGCAGGGGAAGCGCGUGCCAGGGCUUGACGGCGUUGCUUCGCGGCCGGCCGCCCUGUGCGGCGGUUCGCUGGGGGUUCGGGAAUCGGCGCCAUGCGGUUGCGCCCGCGCUUGAGGCGCGUGGCCCGCCUAGCCGCAAUUGCGCGCGGAGGGACCCUAUGCCCCACCGAAAUGCGCCAAAAACCUACCCGCGGCCCGGGCGCGGCCGAAACCUACCUCCCGGGCCGUAGUCACACCCAGAGCGGCUUUGGCAUACCAAUGGACUUUGGGGGGGUGGUGCGUCUGGCUUUGGAGGGCUUCCUGGGGUUGCGCAGCGCUUCAAUGCUCUGGGCUGAUGGCCAAACGAGGUGUGCGGAGCUGGUCACAGCCUGGCUGCUACGGGAUGCUGGGUUUGCCGCCCUCCCACUUCUCGUGUUACCUGGGAGGCGCGGAGAGAUGGCAAAUAGGUUCGAAACCGUCCGACGGGGCGGCCCUCCGCGGCAUGCUGAUGGCCCGGGAGAGGGCAGCGCGGGCCGAAAUAUUGGCCGCGGCCGAGCGAGGGGGGGGGCGCGGGCGGCCGCAUUUGCAGAAUUCCGGCGCCGGCAGG